ACCACAAAGAUACCCGAUAAGUAUAAACGGCUCUUUACAUAAGAAAGCGCAAUUUAUUUACUGUUUUAACUACUUGGGUGCUUCUUUUUGAGUGGAAACUCGUGAAGAAAACCAGAUAAUUGCUUUGUGUGUGUCACAAUACAGUGUUCUCAUACUCAUCAAUAUUGAUUAUUGACUAUAUCUGCCCACAUCACAUGGACUUGAUAUGGGACAGUCAUAUGAUGUCGGGAAGAAACCUCAAUUUGAUGGGAAAUCUUUGCGAAUUGUGUUGUUUGUGGACAGUGAUGUUAAAGGAAGAAGGCUGAUAUUUGAUUCAAAAGCUGUGGUGAAAGAAGAUGAUAAGGGAUGCAAGAGAGGAAAAUGUAAUGUGAAUCAGAAGCUGCGUACAGUGUCAGAGGACCGUGUCCAGAAUGCAGUUUCUAGGCAGAAAAACUACAGCUAUCAGCCUCAGAAGACAGGAUCUGACAGCAAGAAGUUGGAGGAGAUAAUGUUUGGAGCUGUGGGUGUGGCCUACAAGGGCUCAUCUUUCAAGGUCCAUAUCACCAGCUCACCCUCUCAGCUCAUGCUUACAAAGGUCUUCAUCCCGGAGAAACCAAAGAGGUUGUCCACGGCUGACAGUGAGGACUGCAGUUUCUCCAGUAUCACCGACAUCAGCAUCACCGCACCCAGGGCGAUAUCUCAGGGAAGUGAUGCUAACUCAGGGAUAGCUCAGAGUAUUCCUGUGGACGUUCCCUCACUCUCUCCACGCCAGAGCUGGAUGCGAAGCAUCGACCUGCUUGAUGAAGACAGUGGCCUUGCCUCCCUCACAUCUAGUGGUAGCUUUCAGGGCAGCUUUAGUGGCAGCCAGAACAGCUAUCAAGCCAGGAGGAUCACCAGGGGCCAGAGCACCUCACUUGAUGGCCAUGGACGGAGGGGCAGCCACCAUGAUGUGUUCCCAGAACUCUCAGCUAAAACACCUAAGAGAGUCAAAAUUGCCAUUGGUUGUAUCUUUGACACCCAGGAAGAUAGAAAUGAGCCAGCCAGUAGACUGUUCGAGAGUUUCUUCUUUUCACAUAUUGCCCUGCUAGAAAGUCACCUGGAACAGUUACGGCGAGAAGUGGAAAGAGUGUACUACACAGGCCAGAAGCAGAUCUUCUACCCAGUUGUUAUUGAGGCAUAUGAGAACUUCAAGCGUGACAUGUGUGACUUGUACACAGCACAGCGGCUGACUGAGCCCAUAUGGCUAACCAUGAUGUCUUAUACCAGCUACCGAUACAUGCUCUGUGACAGAUUCCUCAAGGAGUUUGUCGGCCUUGUGAAAACCUUUGAGACAAAAAAUAGCAACUUUUUUAUGAGUUCACUGUUAACAGCAGUUCUGACGCAUCACCUGGCGUGGGUUCCCACAGUGAUGCCGGCAGGGGGCACACCCACGGGCACGUACCUUGGCAAACACUCAGCCAAGUGGGUUGACACCCUGGCAAAGUCUCAUCCAUACAACCCUCUCUGGGCACAGCUUGGUGACCUAUACGGUGCCAUAGGAUUUCCUCUGAAGUUGUCCAGAACUGUGGUAGUUGGUAAGAAAGCUGACAUUGUGAAGAAAUUUCUGUUUAUCUUGAGUUACUUCAUCCGCUGUAGUGACAUUCUUGAGACCUCAGACGUUGGCUGCCUCGAUACCUAUCUUGACAAACUAGACUUUGAUGUUGAGUCCCCGAUGGAUAGUGCCAAAACCCUUCCAGCAACCACACCAACCAAUGUUGAUUUUAGAACUGUUAAUAUUGGCAGUCCAACUCCAGUGAAUGAGGACAAGGGGUUUAACUUUGAUAGUUGUGGGUCAUGCCACCCUUCCAUAAAAUCCUUCCAGUCAUUGCCAUUAGAUUCCCUGUUGAGUGUGAACGAAAAGGAAUCCAGCCCUGGGACAGACUACAACAGCAAUCAUGGUUCUGUUGUGAUGAACCAGACAUGUGAGGCUUGUAAUGCAAACAGGACGGGUGGGAGUAAAGUGGGAAACAGUGUUUUUUAUCUCCCAAGUGUUUCUUGUAUCUGUGAUAAAGUUGCUGGUGCUAACAGUGAAAGCAAUAACAUGAAGGACAGUGAUAAUAGAGCCAUGAUUCAGAAAAAGAAGGAGAAUUUAAGACUUGUGCUUCCAGAAAGUAUAUCAACUGAAUCUCAAAACAAUACUGAAAAUAAGGAGUGCAAACUGUCAAUGGCAGAACAUCUUGAUAGUCCCAAGCGUGAGAAAGUUGGUGUUAGCAGAAGAAGUGCCCAGCCCCAAGAAUUGGAAAGAACACACAUAUCUGGUUAUGAUAUAAAACUUCCUGAAAAUGUAGAAAAGGUUCUCACAAAGAAAGAAAUACAGUCAGUGUUCCUUCAAAACAAGAGUGAUAGCAUGUUUAAUGAGUAUUUUGAUGAUGAAACUAUUGAAGCCAAAACUAUAGAUGAACUAGAUGAGAAAGACCUAGUGGUGGACUUGCCAACAUCGAAAAACCACCUUAAAUCUAGGUACCACUCCGGUGACUCAGCUGUGGCAAAGUUUGAUGAAGAUCAGUGUAAAACCCCUUCAUUACCUGACCUCACAGCAGUAAAACCCAGCCCAACGACUGGAGUAGAUGGCCCCCACAGAGCUAGACUGGGAUCAAUGGGGGCUGAGAAUCCUUACAAGUUCAGAAGGUCUUCCAUCUCCAGACAGAUAUCAGAGGCCUCCACCAAGACCGUGAAGAAUGUGCAAGGAAAGACAAGGCCUUUAACGCCAGCUGAGGUAAAACAUCGCCAUAUAUCAUCUAACAGCAGCUAUGACCUGGACCUGCUGGAUCCACGGGCCUACUGUCAUGAACUGCCCAUGCCAAAUCCUGGUGUGGAGACAAGCAAUUGUUCUAGCCAGAAGCAGUUUGACAAGAAUUUUGGCUGGUCAUUGCUGGCUGAUUUCUCUAACCACUAUAUGUCCGACUUCGUACUCCAAGGUACCUCUGAUAAACACUACCAGGACAAACUCAACAGGGACAUCCGCAUGGCAAUGCAGUAUUCUGUCCUAGAUGAGCCAAUAGCAGAAGCUGUGGUGGUGGUUGCAGACACAGACGCAUGUACAGUACGUGUGUUCAGCAGCCAACAUAUAGACCGGCCGGAGAAGUAUCCCCAGUCGUGCAUGUCAUCCACUCUUGUCUCAAACCUAAUAGACUCCCUCGUCAGUAUGGCCAGACUUAAGAUGAGCCCAGAAUUUUGUAUGUCACAUCUAGAGGACAGAUUGCAGGAGAUCUACUUUAAGUCCAAGAUGAUGGCUGAAUACCUCAAGAAAAACAAAAAUGUCAAGGAACUGUUAAAAAUUGUUGAGUUUGAUCGGAGUGACCUACCUCUGCUUGCAGCCAUAACAGGAACACAUACGACAAACUUUCCACUUGUCUGUCUGUCAUGAGAAAGGCGCCAGAUACCUAUGCUGGUGGCUUGUGGACAGCUCAGGAGACAAAUCAUAUCCAUGGCUCUACAUGAUUUAAAGGCAAAGAAAUACCAUGACUAUAACAGACUCAGUUGUUUAAAUUUCAAACAACUGAGUCCAUUAUAGUCAUUGUAUAACUGCCAGCUGUGUUUUCUAGGGGUUUAUGGCAUGAAAUUAAUGAUAUUUAAUGUGUUGGAUAAUCAAAUCAAUUUUAUAAUCGAAAAUGAAAUCUAGAUGGACAUCAAUAAUCGAUUAUCGUUUCGAAUCAGAAAUAAUCAAGAGUAUCUUUUCAUACUGAAUGUCAGCAUAUAAAUGUCAUUUAUGUUUAUUUUGACAACUUCUUUGUGCUGUAUAUUUCGAAAUUGGCAACAGUGUCAAAAGAAUAAAUUUAAACAAAUGGAUUUUUUUUGUAUGUUCAUAGAACCAACUUCAAUAUAUGUUAUUAUGCCUCAACAAAUGUUACACAUUGUAUGGUUUUAAAAACAUUUAGUAAGAUUCAGGUGAAAAUUGAUAAUGGAGGUUCAAACUGACUGUCGCCCAUGUUGUUCAAUAAUAUUUGAUUAUUGCUUCAUCACUAUUUAUGAUAUUAAUGCAUUUUAAAAUGUGGGUAUUCAGAGUAAAAUAAAGAAGGACGUUCACCACCAGAUAUCAUUAAACAACUACAUUCUUCUGCUAUGUGCAUGUAAUAGUUGGAGUGGUCAGUUCCUUGAAUAGUUGUGUAUGAUCUGUGAAUUUGAGGUUUGAUUGGUGAAUAACCUGUAGUGUUGUGUGAUUGGUGAAUAUCUGUAAAACUAUAUUUUAUGCAGUAUUGUUUGCAGUAUUUAUAAAGCGUGCCUUUAUGUUGCUUUAAUAAGCCAUAUCUGUAUUGUUACAUCUGAAUGAUAUUAAAUUAGCUUUUUAGCACACCUGAGCACGAAGUGCAAAGGGCUCAGCGUGAGCAGUUGUGGUUGUGUGAUUGUCCGUGGUCAACCUUUUCCUUUAAACAACUUUUCCUUCUGAACCCCUUGGGCAAUUUCAACCAACCUUUACAAAAAUUAUUCCUUCAUAAAUAAUUAAAUAUGGUUCCAUGCUGAUCUUUGGUUGCUUUGGCAACUAAAAUGAAGGACUGAAAAUCUUCUUCUCAGAAAUCCCUGGCCCAAUUUCAACAAACUUUCACAGAAUGCUCCUUAAAAGACACUGUAUCAAAUUCCGUCACCCCAUGUUGAGUCAUUAAAAAACAUGUUGCUAGGGGAUGGGGCUACUUUUCAUUAUAUAUUUCUAUUUGGAAAACUUUGUAAAUCUUCUCCUCCCAUUUAAUAGUUACUUUGUUUUAUUAUCAUUGAAGAUAUCAACUUCAAACCUCAUUAACUUAUUCACAGUAACAAUGUGCCUUUUGUGACAAGUAAUAUAACUUCAACUAAAAUAUUGUAGAGUGAUGGCCCUUUAAAACAUUUUAACAAAUACAAAUUCUUCAUGUUUUUAUAAGCCCAUCUUACGGGCGGGAGGCAUCCAGUAUGUUGUCCGAUCAAUAACUAAAGAAACCCAUAAGUCCAAGCUUGUCAGCAGUAUAUGGCCAUCUUUUGCAAUUAUAUCAUUAUUUUGGAUAGUUAGCUGGAAGUCUUUUUGCAUAUUUAAUUUUGCCCAGUGCUUGAUUUUGCAGUAGAUAAUCUCCAUGGGUGGUAUUUAAUAUGCAACCUCAGUCAAUCUUAUGGUCAAACAUCAUUCACUCCAUUUACUCUAUAGGUUCGUUAUUUAUAUCGAGCAAUCUUAUUAGCUACAGCGUUCAGAUCUAUAUUGAACACCACCCCAUAUUAUCCAUAUGAAAGUAGCAAAUCCAAAAGUAUGAAGGCUGUUGUCCUUAACUACUCAGUGCCAUUGUACCACUUAUUAUUUGCUCAAUAAUGCUAACACAAUCAACCACACUGAAACAUGUUGCGUGUCUAUACCUCAAAGGCAGCAUUUAUUGGGUGCCCAACACUACCAUGUACUUACCUUUCUUACAUAUAAACUGGUAUUUUUAGCAUUUCAUUAUUUUCUGUGAUUCUCAUGUUGAAACAGAAACUUAAAUCUCUGUGCUGAAUUAAGUGAGAUAGAUGAUAUUUUAUUUCCAAAAUAUACAAGUUUUUGUAUACACAAAUGUAUACAAGUAUGUAUUUUAAUACAUUAUUGAUGUGUUAAAUCGUAUGUUAUUAUAGUAAUAAGAGUAAUGAUAAAAACGUUUCAAUAAUUAUGUAAAAGUUAGUGUUAAUAUCAGGUCUUCUUAAUGAUUAAGCCAGCACCAACUAAUCAUUCAGAGAAUCAAAAAUAAAAGCUUUAAAAUUU